UUCCCCACUCGAUUACUGUAGUUUUCUUCGUAAGAGAACGUUGGAAUCACGGAGAUGGACUGUGACUUUGGAAACCCCUAGGAUGUGGUGAAUCUAGUCGGAGAGAACUAAAUGGGGAAGACGUCGUCAACGAGUGUGUGGAUAACAAUGCAGAAGAAGAAGAGAUGGCCACUGAUGAUUCUGCUCUUUUUAUCUGUAUCAACCGUGGGAAUGAUUCUCGUCAGAUCCGCUUUCGAUUCCUGCAGUAUCAGCGGAAACCGAUGCGGCAGAUUCGUCGUGGAGAAGCAAGAUAGCAGCGACGUGAAGAUCCGAUCGGCGGAUCCUCUGGGUUUCAUGAAAUCGAAGCUCGUUCUACUCGUCUCUCACGAACUCUCCCUCUCAGGUGGACCUUUGCUGUUAAUGGAGCUUGCGUUUCUGUUGAGAGGAGUUGGUGCUGAAGUUGUUUGGACCACGAAUCAGAAACCUGUUGAAGCAGAUGAAGUGGUUAAUGUUUUGGAACAUAAGAUGUUGGAUCGAGGAGUAAAGGUUAUCUCAGCGAAGAGUCAGAAAGCUAUAGAUACAGCUCUCAAGUCUGAUUUGGUUGUUUUGAACACAGCUGUUGCUGGGAAAUGGCUUGAUGCUGUUCUCAAGGACAAUGUUCCUAAAGUUCUUCCCAAGAUCCUCUGGUGGAUUCAUGAGAUGAGAGGUCAUUAUUUCAAGGCUGAUUUAGUCAAGCAUCUUCCUUUUGUUGCGGGGGCAAUGAUUGAUUCGCACGCAACAGCUGAGUACUGGAAGAACAGGACUCAUGAUCGCUUAGGGAUUAAAAUGCCUAAAACUUAUGUCGUGCACCUAGGAAAUAGCAAAGAGUUGAUGGAAGUUGCUGAAGAUAGUUUCGCCAAGAAAGUUUUGCGUGAGCAAGUUCGAGAAUCUCUUGGAGUGCAGAGUGAUGACAUACUGUUUGGCAUUAUCAAUAGUGUAUCUCGAGGAAAGGGCCAAGACCUAUUCCUCCGAGCCUUCCAUGAAAGUCUAGAAAUAAUCAAAGAGACUAAAAAGCAUGAGGUACCAACAAUGCAUGCAGUGGUAGUAGGAAGCGACAUGAGCGCACAGACGAAAUUCGAGACAGAGCUACGCAGAUUUGUCCAAGAGAAGCAACUUCAGAGAGUUGUCCAUUUUGUCAACAAAACAAUGAAAGUAGCGCCAUAUCUAGCAGCCAUUGACGUUCUAGUCCAAAACUCCCAAGCCAGAGGAGAAUGCUUCGGGAGAAUAACAAUCGAAGCCAUGGCCUUUAAGCUUCCUGUACUUGGUACCGCAGCAGGAGGAACAAUGGAGAUUGUAGUGAACAGAACAACUGGUCUAUUGCACAACGCAGGUAAAGAGGGUGUGUUACCUCUUGCCAGAAACAUUGUGAAGCUGGCAACAAACGUGGAGAUGAGGACGACAAUGGGGAAGAAAGGGUAUGAGAGGGUAAAAGAGAUGUUUAUGGAACAUCAUAUGUCUCAUCGAAUAGCUUCUGUGCUCAGAGAAGUGUUGCAACACGCAAAAGUUCACUCACGAACAACAAAAUAGUUAUCAUUAAACAGAAUUUAGCAUGGAGAUGCUAAUGUUGUUACAUUUUAUUUUACACUCUCUUCUUGUUUAUCUUGCUUUUGGUGUUCAUCUGUUUAUAGAAACAGCAAUGUUAUUUAUCUGGAAAGGAAACUCGAUGUUUAUUUUA